AACAUACGGUGCGUCACUGAAACUAGGUGUGUCUGGUGGAUGUAGAUCAACUACAUUCAAACAUAUCCUGGCAUGAAACUCAACAGGAUCUCAAGUAAAUUGUUUUGAAUAGGCAAGCCACCCUGUUUAACGUGUGAUUUCAACUUGUCUCGAGAUCUGGAGCAGUGAUAUCAAAAGCAGACAGGCUGAAUGAGUUUCGAAUGCGGGUAGCGGCGACUCAGCUUGUUUAAUCUGAUAAGAUGAACGGCCGCCAAUUGGACUUUGGCCAUUUUGUAGAUCGACAGGCGAUCUGACGAAGAAAGCGUUUCCUUAUGUGUCCAUAUUAAAUCCUGGACUGCUUUUAAGGUUUUGAGUACUGGGAUUAACCGUGGAAACAUGGAUGUUUUUAUACUAAGUCUAUUUCUACUAACCAUCAGAGGGGUGUCUGCUCAGACGGUAAUAGAACCACAAAACACGGUUGUUCUCAAAGGAUCACAGGCCAGAUUCAACUGCAGCAUAAACCAAGCUCAGACCGGCAUGAUUUGGUUACUCAACGGACGCUUGGUUGUCACUAUACAGCAAACAGAGGUGAAGAUCAGCAAUUCACGCUUUGCUGUUACAAACCUCACUUCACCUGGAAGUUACAAGUGGGAGUUUAUCAUUAACAAUGUUGUGAGAGGAGACACCGGUCAAGUUACCUGUCAGAUUCUGGAUGAGGUGGCUCAGAUCUCUACUCUGUCUGUACAAGAACGUGGCAGUGUGGUGAUUAUAGAUGGAAAUCAGACAGCAACUGAAGGAGUUCAGAAAACGUUUCAGUGCCAAGCUGUGGGCUGGUAUCCUGAACCCACGGUGUCCUGGUCUGUAAAUGGCGUAGGGGUGAACACCUGUAACAACAACUCUGUAGCACAAGGCAAUGUGUUUAAUACCAACUGUACGCUGACGGUCACAGCUGCCAAAAGUUCUUCUGUACAGUGCCUGGCCAAAGUGCCUGCCAUGAGUACACCAGACAGCAACACCGUGUUUCUCACUGUUGAAACCUACCCAUAUUCAACAGCUGCUUACAAAAGAACCACUGAAGUACCUAAGGCCAGCACCAGAGAUCAGACCAUUCUUAUCGCAGUUACUGUGGCUUUCAGUGCAGCAGCGCUCUUAUUUCUUCUCAUCGUAUUAAUCAUCAUCUGCUGUAGGAGGAAGAGAGAAAAAUCAAGUUACGAAGAGGAAGUCAGAAGGGCUCAAUUGCAGGCACAGCACAGGUCACGUGCCAGAGGAGAUGGGCAUGGACAUGACAACCGAGGUUAUGCUAGAGAUGGACAUUACGGAGAUAAUUACAACGGUGGAGUCUGGCAUACCAACCAGUCCAACAAACAUCAGAGGGCCUAUCCGAUGGAUGACUACAACGGUCCCAGAAACCACCGACACCUGACCAUGGUUUAGAGACUAAAUCUGACUGCUGAACUUUUAUUUCGGAUUUCUCGGUCAGCACUGCAGGUGCUCUGGAUAACAUCACCUGUCUUGAACAUAAACUAAUAAAUGAAGGUCUACAUACAGAAGACCGAGAGCUCAGGGACUUUAAGCACUGAAGUAUGAUCAUACACGAUGAUCUGUUUUACCUGCACAAGACAUUUUAUUGGAAGUGAUGCAUUGAGCUCCAAAAUUUCGGAGGUCACAGAAUUUUUUUGUAUCAUGUCGACCUACAGAUUAAUAGAAAGUUUUUUAUGUUUAACAAACCUUUAAGUAAAGAAAAGUAAUGACAUAAAAUGCAUAAUUUUUUUUAAAGAUUUUUAGGUCACAUAUCAACAUAGUUAAUUUGUGAAAUGUCAGAUUUCUUUGCUUCCAUUGAAGCACAUACAAAAAGUCAUUCUGGGAUAACAUGAAUCAUCAGGUUUUGCACAAUAAGUCUGAAGCAUAUGCUGUCUUUUAAAAGAAAAGAAAAAGUAUUAAGAAAUAUUUUUCUAUUUUUUGUGUUAAGGGAACAUGCAAUAUACAACAAAUGAUUUUUAUAAUGAUACGGACCAUUUUUAACUAUGGGUUUAUUGUAUAUUUUUAUCAUGAAUGACAUUAUGAAGUUUUUUUCGUCUUUUGGUUUUCGCUGACACGUCAGAUUAACAUGGUCAGAAUGAUGGUUGUUAAGGGGUUUUCCCGGAGGUCAUCCAGAUCUCAUUUAGUUAAACAAACCUCCUGGUGCCGGGUCUGCAUUCUCAUAACUAUGCAUGAGAGUGUGUUAAUGUAUUCCCAUUCUGUUUUUAUUGUACAUCCCUCUAUGGAUAUAAUACAUCAAAUGCUUGUAUUGCGACGGCAGGUUGUUUGGCUGUAACAAACUGUUUUUUUGCAGCAUCAAAAAAUCAUCAGCGUAUGGCAUGAAACACCCCGUGAGAGUUUACGUCCUGUUUUUUAUAGCCGCUUAAAAUUAAAUCACAGAUUAAUGUUGAGAAAUGUUUGGAGAGGAUCAUUUUAUGACAUAUCAUGCUUCGUAGAGCAUAAUGUGUCGAAACAAUAAAUCGAAUCCACUGAUCUUUAAUUCCCACUGGGUGACAACUGUUUAAAUUCAGCAAUGACAUUAUUUCUAAAGUGCUGAGGCUGCGUGUUGUUAAUCCAUAAAUCGUUCACUUAAUCAAUAAGAUUCAAUUCACAUUACACUUACAAAUACGGUCUGCGCUCAUCUGCACUUUCCCCACGUUUUAAUAGCACUUAAAUAAAAAAAGGCACAUAGUUCAAAAGGUUUCCCCUAGACAAUUCCAUUUUGUAAAAUUUAAUUAAUUUAAAUGAACUUAAAUGAUGCUUGAAUUAACCAAUUAUAAGACAAGUUGUUCUGUAAGCAGCGUUGGUUGUGUAUGAAAGCUUAUUAUGGGCAUUUUUCAAACUAAACUUUAAUUAAGAUGCAAUUAAUGUGAAAUGGACUACAUUUUAAUGUGUGACCAUAAAUUCUAACGUAUUCAGUAAUAAAUAUAUUUUUUGUA